AGACUCCAACGCGUCCGGUGCAUGUGUCGGUGUGGGUGUGGCGGUACUGGUACAUGUAUCGGUACGGACCAAACCGCCCUGGCUGACUUCUCACUUUUUGUGGAUAUUAUUUCAUCAGCACACACUUCCCAACCACCCGAGAGACCACCUGGAUUCUAUUCUUUCUUUGGCUCAGUCUGGCACCAUGAUGUCCUUCUUGUUCCAUUCCGUGCUCUUAUUGCAGAUGUUUGGUGCAGUGUUGGUUUCUGCCGCCAGCGCAACAAACAAAGGCUUCAGCACCUCAUCCUCAUCUUCUUCGUCUCGCGUCGAUGACACGGAUGCGACUUCUUGCGGCGCCUCUUGUUGCAUCAAUGGCCGCGUGUGUACGAAAGAGGAAGAGCAAUCGAUUUGGAUUGUUGUUGUCAUCGCCGUGGUCGUGAUUGUUGGUUGUUGUGUGGGAUGCUGUGCCUUUGUCGCGUGCAAGAAGAACAAGAAGAACGCGCAAGCCGCGAAAACUGAACCUCCGGCUCCAGUGGUGGCUGUCAACAACGAUGAUAGCAACACAAUGGAGGGAUCUGAGCCGAAUCAAACACCUGCUGGGAAUGGUCUGCCAGAAAGAACUCCCCAGGAGAUGGAGGAAUGUGAAGGAACUGUGUUAGACUGCUAGCUGGCUAGCUGGUUGGGUAGCUGGUUGGGGAAAGUAAGGAAGCAUGAGAAAUGAGAAGAGAAAAGCUCUCCCGAGCCGAGCCUCACUGAAUCUUUAGUGGUGUGAAUCUACUGUAGCUACCUGUUGUAGCACAUGUUAACUAAUAAUCAGAUUAAUGUGAGUUUCAAACCAGUGUCCAUAAUAUAGAAAGUACGAAUUUUCUGACGAACGAUUCAGCCUAGUUGUCACCGCUCCAGCAACGAUGAGCCCCACGCCAAAAAUGACCAAGACGGCCUUCUUAUCAUCCAACUGUGGAUCGGGCUGACGGACAAGGACAGUGGGAUUUCGGUAGCCUUCCCGAUUGUUGAUUGUGACGUCCAUCAGCUUUCUUCUGGGGGUGUAAUGAUUCACUCGAAUGGAUUCGAUCAUUCGAUUCAUUUCGCAGUUGUUGCGUGCCUUUUCCAUUCACCCAUAAGUGUACGGUUCUUCCUCGCUCACUUUCCAGACAGCCAGCACCGGUGGCAUCCACACCCAGGGCAUCGGCCCACUUCGAAGUUUUUGAAAUGACCACGACUGGCAGCUACUUCGCAAGUACAGGGUGCGUGCAGAUGAAGGUCAGCCUUUGCCCUCGCCCACUGCAACAAUCUGGUAGCUCGCUCUACCAUUGAGUCUCUUCCCUGGGCACCUUGGCUUGCCCUCUCCUACCAGUAGCUACCCCAAUAUGGGUACAAGCAACCUCCCAGGUUGUUCUCUCUUAAGCCCUCAGUUGGUUACUUAGGCAGACCCCCGACCUCGGAUCGCCUUAGUACAUGUAGUUACAGUCAGUACCGGUAGCUGCUGGUUUGUUUUUUAUGAAGACGAGCAGGGUUCCAAGACGUGGUAUGCAUUUCCAAUCGGUACCAGUACUAUACCUGACGACCUGACUCCCAUGGUUUAAUUUCGUUCUCACUUUUUGUGGAUGUAAUCAUCAAACGCACACUUCUCAUCCACCCGAGAGGCCAACUAGACCCCACCCCAUUCUUCCUUUUGCUCAGUCUGGCACCAUGAUGUCCUUAUUGUUCCGUUCCCUCCUCUUCUUGCAGGUGCUUGGUGCCGCAUUGGUUCCUGCUGCGGGCGCAAAAAGCAAAGGCUUUCGCAAAUGGUCCUCAUCAUCUUCCUCAUCAUCUUCUGCUUCAAGUUUGGAAGUGGAAGAGAUUGUUGUUGUCAUCAUCGUGCUUGUGAUUCUUGUUUUUUGUGUGGCAUACUGUCAAGCUGACCCAGAAGAAGAAGUAAGCCGCGAAAACUGUACCUCCAGUGGUGGCCGUAAAUGAUGAUAGCAAGACAAUGGAAGGAUCCGAGCCGAAUCAAAUGCCUGUUAGGAAUGGUCUGCCAGCAAGAACCCCUCAGGCGAUGGAGGAAGACGAAGGAACCGUGAUAGACUGCUAGCUAUAGUGCUAGCUAGCGAAAGUAAGCAUGAGAAGUGAGAGGAGGACAGCUUGUCCGGCCACCUGUUGUUGUAGCACGUGAUAACUAAUAAGAUAAAUGUGAGUUUCAAACCUACAGUGUCUCUCUCUUCUGUUGCGGGUUCUGUCCUGAAUCUUCUGACGGACGAUUUCAGCCUUGUUGUUACGGCUCCGACAGCAGCAACAUAUACGGUAUACAAUCCCAUGCCAAGAAAGGGAAAUAUAAUAUAUUUGUGGUACAAGAUGCCCUUCCGACCAUCCAACUGUGGAUGGGGCUGACGACGGUCUUGGGAUUUCGGUAUGGUAGCCUUUCCGAUUGUUGAUUGUGUUGUCUAUCUCGUUUCUUCUGGGGGCGGAACAAUUGACUCGAAUGGAUUCGAGGAUUCCUGUUCUUGCUGGCUAGCAGACCUGAUUUCCUUCCUGCUCCACUCAUCCUGAAGCAAGAUUGCCC